AUGAAUAAUUUCCAGUUUCAACAAAGGAAGAAAAAUUUAAGAAGACAAUAUAUGCCACUCAAUCCAUAUUACAUGAGUUUACAAAACAUUGAGGAUUUGCCUUCGAGCGAUAGACAGCAAUCAGAAAAUGAUUACGAAAACACAUUCUUCUACCAGACACACGGAAUAGAAAUAAAAGAAGAAGUACUUGAAACGUCCCCGAUCAGCACAGAUGCGGAUGAAUCAGUACCAGAACCUAGUAGCUCUACAGGAGUUCAAAAUAAUAUUCAGCAAUCAUCUACCUCUUUUAUGGAUACAACCUCGAACAUCAAUCAAUCAUCUCCAUCUCUUUUGGGUACAACCUUAGACAUCAAUCAAUCACCUGCUUUUUUUGUGGGUACAAAUUCAGAAAUCAAUCAAGUCAGCUCCGAAGAUUCCACUCCUUUUCAAACUAUUGAUAUCAAUCCACCGAUAUUAACGCGAGAAGAUGUCGAAAUGGAUAACAUGGAGACACAUGAAGCUAAUCAGCUUCAAACGACGACUUUAUUAACAGACUCGGGAUUAAACAAGAAUAGUAACUAUUGGCAACGAAUUUCACAUGAAAAUCCAUCAAUGUCAGAUUUAAGUUUAUCCAAAAGAAGCGAUGAUAAGCCACGUGAACGACGAAUCUGUAGUAGUCUAGAGAAUCAAUCAAAUGCUUCUAACAAAAAUAAUAUUUCUUCGUCCAUCGGAAACUCAGAUCGUGGUCGAUUAAAUGGUUCAGUGACUGGGCCAAAAAGUAUCAGCUUGAAGAGGAAGUUCAAUCGGGCUCAAAAUCAAAGCUGGACCAUUGACAAAGCACAGAAUUAUCAAACUGAAGAGAAUGCAGCAAAAAAUAAAUUUCGAACAAGGUCAGAAAACCGUGAAGAGAACGAUAAAAAUAUUUCUCUUCAGGGCAGAGAACUAGAAAAUCAGGAUGAUCUUCGAAAUCAUAACCUAUUCAAUACCACGUCUCCUGCAUCAGCCUCGGCUAUAGAGCCUGAAAUAGACUCAAACUCAUUUAAUCAAACAAUAAGUCAGGUUGAUUCAAAUAAUAAGAACCAUAGAGAAGUUAUCAGAAACAAGAGGACAGAAACUGAACAAGAUUUUUUCUCCCAAACACAAAACGAAAUUCGUCAGAGCAAUAAUAGUAAUCUCAACACAGAAACAAAUGAGAAUAACCUUUAUAAUAACACAUCUGAUAGCAGAAACAAAAAUCUAUUUUCGAACGAUUUUUACAUAAAUGAAGCAACAGGUAUUAAUAACAAUGCUAUGACUUCAAUACCCUCUGGUAAUGAUCCGGAAGGUAGCAGAAAUUCCCAACAUAACACUGAAAGCAAAAACGAACAUAAUUUAAUUAAUAAAAUAACUCCUUUUUGUUUAAAUACCUCAACUCCACCAGGAAUCGAAAAUAUUAGUCAGCCGAGUCAAGAUGAAGUUUUAGAAUCCGAUAAAAAUGAAUCUAAAACAAACGCUGAAAUAGAAAUGAUAUCAGAUGACUCUGUUUCCGCCAUCUUUGCUUCAGACUCUCCAAAUGUUCCAAUGCAAUACAUAGAUCCCAAUCAACAGUUACUUGGAGAAAACGGUAAAGAGAUAAACUUUUGCUUGGAAAAUAAUAAUAUGUAUUCAAAUAACAUUGCUUACACAGAAGAAAAUUCAGAAGUUUUCCAUGAGAAUACAAACGUCCCUAUAACCUCUAAUAACAUGAAUUACAAUGAUCCUUCCUUUGUCAAUUCACACAUGACGAAUGUUUCGAAUAUGUUUCUAAAUAUUGCAUCAGAUUUUUUCUACGAAGCAGACGGCGUAAUAGUUCCUUAUAGCUCAGAAAAAGAAACUUCGAGUUUACUUAUGAAUCGCACAAGUACCGGCAUUUAUAACAACAACACUGGCUUGCCCUCUAUUGUAUCGAACCAUCCGAAUGAACACUCUAAUAAUAAUACGUUUCAGAAUUUUUCGAAUUAUCGAAACUUUGCGGAGCUCCCCGAAAAUUCAGAAACACCUCUGCAAGUCAAUUCAAAUGAUGAUGAUUUCGAUGAUAUCAAAAUUCUCUAUCAAAGCAGUGUAAAAACAAGUGUAAUUCAAACUAGUGACUCUGAAAUUGGGAAUUAUACUCAAAUGAAAUCUGGGUCUGUUUUAACGAUGGUAGAACCCAUCCAAAACUCAGAUGAUUCUUAUUCAGCUCCUAACACUGAUAAUCAAGCUGCUUACAAUAACUCACAUAAUUUCGAUCAAACAAAUUACAAUAGUACAAGUGAACCAUCCGUUGACACUGUGAAAGAUUUGGCUGAUGCAAGUGGAGUUACAGACGACGACAUAAUAUUUAUUGGAAGAAUUAUAAGGACUUUGGCUACCUCUACAGACCCUACAGUAUUUGAUACCAGGACAAAGUUUGAGUUCGCCUGCAUUGAUUUACAAGAUGUUAAAACUUACCUUCGAGUUACAAAUACAAAAAAUUCAAAAAGUUAUCUUUGUCAUCCACUAAGCCAAGCAAAAUCUGUUGAAAAUAUUCAAGCCUUUAACUAUUGUCAACAAACUUCGAAUUAUAAAUCGAGUUCAGAAAGUUCUAUCAACCACUUAGAUCAUAAUAUAAACAACGAACAACAAUUAUGUCCUAACUACUCAGAUGCUAUUCAAAACAUAAAGCAGGAGACAGAUGAAAAUUCUAAUUUCAAAAUAUUUUACUGGGAAAUGUCCGGGCCUCCUAGAAGUAACACAGAAAGCGUUGGAAGUUUUAACUCCCAUUCGACAUCUGUGUCCGCAACUUUUAAUCUUGCAAUGGAUCCUGAAAGCAAGGGAAAUCCAUACAGGUUUCUAGGAUUAAGUGAUUACCACGCAGACGCUAUAUUUGACAUUCUCAAAAGCAAACUUUUACCCCUUGUGCCCCAUGGGCAGCUGCAAGAAGAGAGUAAAAGCUUCGCUGAAAUGAGUUGUAGCGUAACUUCGCAAAACAACAUUCGCAAUGUUGGUGCCAGUAACUCAGGUCAACAUUUCAUGCAACAGUUGGUGCAUUAUCCGUCAUCUAACAGUAUGUGCAAUUCUUUUGAACAAACGACAAGCUGUGGCAUUCCAGACACAUUGCCAGAAAACAAUGAUGGAACAGGUUUUAACAGCAAAGAACCUCUAAAUUACAACUAUAGAGCUCCAAUUCAUAAUAAUGGCAUUUUGGCAGAAAAUGUGAUUCCUUUAUUUCAAAAUAAACAAAUCAGUGGUGGGUCAGAAUCUGGCCAUACCAAUGCAUUGCAAAAUUUUAAUUCGAAAAGACAAGUGCACUCAAAAUAUUAUAGAAACUUGGGAACCAUGGCUCCAGGUAGGUUGUAUAAUCAACAGGCUUACCAUAAUCAGCCUGCAUUGAAAAACUCUGUGAGUUAUCCUGCAUCCCAACAACAUUUUUUUCAACAUAAUAAUACACCGAAUCUUGAUUCCAAUAACGAAAAUCAAAGUAAUGUGAAUGUGCAUGCGAAUAACUUCAACUCUUAUAACCACGAACCAGAACAAAAUCUAUAUGAAUGUAAUUCAUUUCAAAGCCAGUUACCAACGGCUCACUUAUCCAAAGGACCAAAUCGAUGCGUAACUGUCAUAAAUACUAAUGCUGCACUUGGAUCGAUGGGGCAGAACUACAACAAGAAUACAAGCCAACGAUUUGAUGAAAGCCGUGGAAUUUCAACAAUUUAUCAGUAUUCAAAUCCAGUCUACGAUAAUAUAUCUGACGAUAAUAGCUCUUUUCCUGCGAUCCAAAAUACGGAAUCAUUUCCCCAAAAUAUAUCUUUUGGAAAUAAAUCUCGCAAUAUAGUUAACCCUAAUGCUAUCAACGAGAAUUUUCGAAAUCGGGAAAUUAUCCUCCCGCCAUCGCUAGAUUCUAACCAGUCGAAAUCCAUAGAACUGCUUCAACAACUUUCUCUAAAACCGUACAACAAAGUUAACAAUCUUAAUCAACGAGAAGAAAAUGUACACUUUAAAGUAACCAAAGGUGGUGCCGCAUAUUCCUAUGAAAUGAGAAGGCACGAAAUUUCUCAUCAAAAUGAUCAAGAAAUUGAACGAAGGCUUCUUCUGCAUACUAGUGGGAAUAUUGUACAGGAAAGCACAAAUGCAAAACUUCGACGGUCAAGGAAAGCUCCAUACACACAAGCUAUUAUGGAUGCGAAUGUUUGUAAUAAUAGAUUUCGAAGAUUACCCUCAAGCGAGCAAAACAUUUAUAAAUACGAAAGACAAUCCUUAACGGAAAGAAAUCCUUCAGCGCACACUGAAAAUCUAAAUCAUCAACCAUAUAUGGGUAUUUACUGCCAACACACUAACACCCCAAUGUUUGUAAGGAAUGCAAGUGGGAACAACCAUGUUAUCAAAACAAUGAAUUCAAGUAAAGCCAUAGAUUUGUCGAACCGAGAACAGACUGGGAAUAACAUUUCAUCUCCUGCCUCAUUACCAACAUCGUCUUUUUCGAAUCCUCCUUUACAAAUCAUUCCAUCAAACUUAAAUUUAACUACGCCGUCAACUAGUCAACAGUUCAUCAGCACUACUGAUGAGCAGACGAUAAGGAACAUCUACCAAAAUAUUGAAACGCCUCGUGUAGAACAAAGGCAGAGUAGAAGAUUGAAUAGAUUGAACAGCUGUGAUGGAAAUAACGCACUUGUCGAUAGGAACGUAAAUGCUUCAGUUAGUGAAAAUGAAACCCAAAGAAUAAUAAGAGGCAUAAAAUCUGCUUACGUCGAGAAAAGAUAUCAAGAUAUGCUAAACAUUUUGCAAGAGAAUCAAUUUCUUCCAUGCUACCACAAAGAACUUCAGUCGUAUUGGAUAAAAGGACAUCACCUUUUAGAAUACCCCUCCCAACACUGUGAUGAUAUCAAUAAAGUCGUAGUUAGGUCUGGUGAAGAAUAUCGAUUACGUACUCAAUAUCCGUAUCCAGCAGGCAUUUCCAGCAAACCCCAAGAAAUUCUAGCUAUUAUUUUUGAAGAUGAUAAAUAUCCAUCACUUCAAAAACGGCAAACAUUAGCAGGUGAAGUGGGCUAUACUGAAAAACAAGUUAACACAUGGUUCAAAAAUCGAAGACAAAGAGAUAGGAAAAGAGACAAAGAUGAACGACAAGAAGUAAUCAUAAACUCGCUUCGACAUGGCCUGCCGAACAAUUUUGAGGCAAAUAUAAAACCAGGACGUGGUAGAGGACGUGGAAGAGGACGAGGUAGAGGAAAAUAUAGUCCAUAUAUAAACCAGUACGAAAAUGUAAGAGAAUGA